AUGUCUCAUCCCCCAUCGAAACCUCCCUCAGCAGCCUCAUCCUCUCUCUACCCACCACCACCCCCAUAUGAACCACAACCCUCAAGCACAUCGCCAGCCCCGUCCCCCUAUAGCCUGAACAAGGGCCAUGGCUCCUCACUGCUCUCUGCUGACCCUCGCACCUCAUCGACCCAGUCAAUAUGCUCGAUAGUUUCAGAAUCGGACCAACGUCGAACACUUCUUGUCAUCUACAUCCAUGGGUUUUACGGCAAUGACCAGUCCUUCAGAUCCUUCCCCUACCAUGUCCACGCCUUUCUGCGGUCUGCGUUGGCAGACUCCCAUGUCAUUCAUUCCAAAGUCUACCCGCGAUAUAAAACGUAUCGCGCCAUCGAAGUGGCCAGAGACAACUUCAGUGAAUGGCUCGCACCUCAUGAGUCACCCACUACAGACGUGAUUCUCGUUGGCCAUUCCAUGGGAGGAAUUCUCGCUGCAGAUGUUGUUCUGAUGCCGAAUCGUAGUCCCUAUCAGAGGUAUCCAUUCAAGCAUCGGAUCCUGGGCACCAUCGCCCUAGACACGCCAUUUCUCGGCCUCCACCCUGGGAUAGUCGUCGCUGGCAUAUCAAGUUUGUUCCAACCCGCCGCAUCGCCGCCGGGCGACCAGCAGGGAGAGCCAUCCAGCCACCAGUAUCCCUCGGAGCAGGUGGGCUAUCAGCCCCCCAACCGUCGUGAAACCACCGAUCCCCUGUUCGAUCCGCCAUUCUUCAACGAUAAUCCGUUCAGGGAGGCUCCCUUUAUGAAACGUAUCGUCAAUUUUGCAAAGAAGCAUAGGUCCGAGGGCCUUAUGAAUGCCACUGCGAAACAUGUGCUUUCUCACAUAGAGUACGGCGGUUGUCUUGCUGACUUUUCGGGGUUGCGCUUGCGAUAUGAUAGAAUCCGAUCACUUGAGGAUAUAGACGAGCUUCAGGCCCUGAAUGACGGGCACCCCGAGGGAAAGUAUGUCAAGGUGCGAUUCGUCAACUACUAUACCCUCUCCUCAGGCCGCCACAAGCAACCAAAGAGCCCUGAAGCCAAAUCUGUGGACUCGAGAGAGGAGACACCAGCCACACCGGGACUUCCCGAAGCUAUAUCAUCAUCAAUAGAACCCGGAAAUAGCUGGGAAGGAGACACGAUGGCACCCUCAAUACGGCCAUCAACACUUAGUACUUCCACGCUGGGGAACAGCGACGGCGGAUUAUCAACCCCCCCCUCUCUCACAGAGAGCAAGAUGAAAGAGGCAGGUUUCGCACCAAUCGAGAUCCAACCGGCAACUCAGGAAGUGGAAAGGGAUAUGAAUCGUCUCUCUAUGCAAGAGUUGGAACCUAUCCCCAUGGUCGAAGUGGAACCAGAGCCCGACACGGCCAGCGUUGAUACCAUCACCACGCCUGACAACACCACCACGGCAGGCAGCAUCUUCACGCUUGACCAAAUCACCACGGCUGCUACCACCACUAUAGCUGAUAGCACGACGACACUGGACCACAUCGGCACGCCCGAUAGCAACCUGCCUCCCGUUCCCGACCCACCCACACCCCUCGAGACCCCGGACUUUGAUCAAUACACGGACAAGGACGCACGUAAGCAGGCAGAGAAGGAGUUCAAGCGCCAGAAGAAAGCCUACGACCAAGCCGUCAAGGACCACAGCCGCGCCGUCCGGGAGAGACAGAAAAUCGAGGAGAAACGCCGUAGGAAGGCCCAGAAAGAACAGGACAAGCAAGAGAAGCAGGCGAAGCGGGAGUUGGAGGCCCAGUUGGAGGCCCAAAAGCAGAGGGACAGCCCGGACACAGCAGCAGAUCCGCCAACCCAGCCGGUCACGCAAAAUGAGGAGGUCUUUGGGCAGAUCGCCGAGAAGCUGUCCACCGUCGAGGAAGUCCACCCGCGCUCGCCGUCAAUCGAAGUAUCCACUCCCAGGGAGGGAGAGCAGCAGAAGAAGAAGAGGAAGAAGUUCUGCGUCACCCCCGGCAAAACGAACGGGGUGAGAGACCGAACGUGGGUGGACGUGUACAUGGACGGGAUGGACGAGGUGGGCGCCCACUGCGGCCUCUUCUUCCCCGGGCCGCACUACGACCGGCUCAUUGGCGACGUCGGGAGCCGGGUCGUCAACUGGGUGCAGGACGACCUCACCAAGAGACUGAUUAUGGAAAUGAGCUAG